AUGUCUUCCAAGACUUUGGAGCCCACUGGCAUCUCCUCGACCGCUGCCGAGCGUCUCAGCCAAGUGGGUCAUCAUCUAAAUCCGACGACCACGGAGCGAACAGAGAUUCUAGACGUAUAUAUUCUGAGCGCCGCCAGGACUCCGACCACUCGCUUCGGUAGUUCAUUCGCCAACGUGCCGGCUCCACAACUAGGAGCAUACGCUAUUAAAGAGGCACUCAGAAAGUCCAAGUUGCCUCUGACCAGGAUUACUGAUGUCUACAUGGGCAACGUCCUGCAAGGAUCUGUUGGCCAGUCACCUGCACGUCAAGCUGCAAUACUUGCCGGACUCCCGACAACGGCCGAAGCGGUCACCAUCAAUAAAGUGUGUGCAUCUGGUCUCAAAGCGGUCGUGAUGGCCGCCCAAAACAUCCAGCUAGGGUUAUCCGAAGCGCAGGUCGCUGGAGGAAUGGAAAGCAUGUCCUGCGUUCCGUACUACCUUCCCAGAACACCCCACUUCAGUCCACCUGGACAUAUUAAGCUAGAGGAUGGCCUAAUGAAGGAUGGUCUUUGGGACGUCUACAACCAGAUACACAUGGGAAGCUGUGCGGAAAACACAGCUCAAAAGCUCAAUAUCUCUCGAGAGGCUCAGGAUGAAUAUGCCAUCCGUAGCUUUCUACGAGCACAAAAGGCAUGGGCUGAAGGGAAGUUCAAGGACGAAGUUGUUCCAGUCACUGUGAAGGAAAAAGGUGGAGAGGUUGUAGUCAGUCAAGAUGAAGGGUUCGACAGGCUUAACGUGGACAAGGUGCCAAAGUUGAAGCCGUCAUUUACCAAAGAGAGUACUGGAACUGUGACGGCUGCAAACUCUUCACCUCUUAACGACGGCGCGAGCGCGCUGGUUUUGGUCAACAGGGCUCUUGCUCAAGAGUACGGGUCUCAGAGCAAAGUUUUGUCAAAAAUCAUCUCAACGGCUGAUGCUGCCGUUGAUCCUAUUGAUUUUACCAUUGCCCCGGCCAAGGCAGUGCCGAUCGCUCUAGAGCGUGCAGGAUUAAGGAAGGAGGAUAUCGCAGUAUGGGAAUUCAAUGAAGCAUUUGCAGCGGUCAUCAAGGCUAACGAAAAGAUCCUCGGCCUUGAAAACGCGAACGUGAAUCCGCUAGGAGGAGCUAUAUCUUUGGGCCACGCUCUCGGCAGCUCGGGAUCCAGGAUUCUUACCACUCUAUUGCAUCAGCUUAAGAUCGGGGAGUACGGCGUCGCAGCGAUUUGUAACGGCGGUGGUGCAGCAACGGCAGUUGUGGUUCAAAGGGUUAAGAGUGUAGAUUAA